AUGAGCCUCCCCAACGUGAAACUCUACCAUAAAGCUGCAGUAUUGGCCAGCCUCCUCCCCAUCCACCAAAACAAACCCCCUCCCCAGUGGGUUUCCAUAGAACAACAAUGGCUGCAAUCACAGGAUAUACAAACAACAUUAUGGACACUACCCCAUUUAAGGGCAAACAUCACAAAGGCACUCCCCGCUACCUUGACGACGCUGAAAAUCUGGGAUGACACCCGCAAACUCCUGUGCAGCUGCCACCCAACCCCCCUAUCAACCCCAAUUAAAACCCUGAUACACACAAUACCCGAUUUUAACUUCAGAAUAUGGAAUAGAUGUGGGGUGUUUUACAUAUACUCCCUAUUAGAGAAAGGAGAAUUAGCCUCAUUCGACUAUCUGAAAACCGCUUAUACAUUACCGAACACGGCAUACUACUCUUACCUCCAGCUGAGAUCCUGGUGGAAGACUCAGAUUCCACACCCCAUACCACAAAUCACUACUAUCUUAACCCACUUCGAAAAGAGUAUUAUAGCAGACACACCAGCGGUAAAACCCAUUUCAACCAUAUAUAAACUAUUACUGCCCCAACAGGGAAUAAAAUCCCUCACAUGUGUACGCUCCUGGGAAAAAGACCUAAACCAAACGCUACCAGAGCAGACCUGGCUGGCCGCAGCAAACGCAACCAGAGGCCUGACAUUUUGUGCUUCACACUUAGAGACAACUCGUAAAAAUUUUUAUCGCUGGUACAUGGUUCCAACGCGUCUAGCCACCAUGGACCCACAGUUGUCCAGCACCUGCUGGCAUUGCAAACAAGAAGCAGGCACUUUUUUACACAUCUGGUGGAAAUGUAUCAAACUCCAGCCGUACUGGAAGGAGGUAAUCUCACUUAUACACCAACACACCUCAAUCACGAUACCAAACUCCCCAAAAGCCUUAUUACUACUCAUGUGGGAUACAGAGUACCCAAAACCAAUCAAAUACCUGCUUCUACACAUACUAGUAGCCGCCCAAAACCUUAUCGCAAAAAACUGGCUGUCACCUACCAAUGCAACAAUGCGAGAAUUAAUCAGGCACCUAUCCCAAAUUGGGAAAUUUGAAUCUAACAUAUCCCGCAUCCCACCUAAUAAAAGCUGGAGACACGAAGUAUGGGAAAACUGGGAACUGAAACACCCGACUUGA